AUGGGCAACAUCUGCUCGCGCUCGCGCAACGAAACAGACAACUUCAACCAGCCAGGCCGCAUAGUCGGAAGCAAUCCGCGCCAACAUGCAGAAUCCCCCCGUGCACCUGUUCCAACAAAAACAAAUUGGAAAGGGACGCCAGGCCGCACGCUGAGUGGGAGCGACGGAAGGAACAUUGAGCAGAAUGCUUCGGGAGCGCACGAGAACGCUGAUGAAGCGCGCGCGAAUGCUGCUAUCGCUGCUCAGAAACGUGCCGAGGCUGCCUCGGGUGGUCAAGGCAAGCUUGGGGCCAAAUUGGCCAAACAGAAGGGGAAAACUGGUGCACAGACCUUGGCUGAGGUUAGUCAGUCAGAGAGGGAUGCUAGGGAUGCGGAUCAGGUUGCUAAGGACAGAAAUUGGGAUUGA